GCAAUCUUGGCGUGGGGAGGCCAGUAAUGGAUAUUAGUCGAGCGCGGGACGGGACACCGCAUGCAAUGCGGCCUGGUAUGAGGGGCUUCCGUGUCUAAGGCUUCAUCGUUGACCUUCGGUUGGCUGGGCUCUGUUCCGUCGGAUUGGACACGGAGAGAAUGGUGGCGGAGCGCCUCUCGUGCUCCUUAAGGCGGUGGAAGAGGGAAGAGUCAAGAGAGGGGGUCAGGGCCUAUAUCCUGCACGUCAUCUGGAUUCUUUUCUCCCGAUUUUUACUUACACGCAUCUCCACGCUUCUCAUCGCAGCUUGAAGACAUCACCCAUACAAAUCUUACAUAGUCACUACUCUCCCACCAAAUUUCUUGAUCACAUACACUGAGAUCGUACACCUACCAAAAUGGCCCCUUCAGCUACUCAUGAUCCCCCGUCGUCUGGGAGCCCAGCCCGGCCCCGGAUCUUGGUUCCCGAGAAGGUCUCUCCGGACGGCCUGGCACUUCUCACUCCCCACUUUGACGUGGACAACAAGCUUGGUCUCUCGGCGGAGGAGGUCGUCUCCCUCAUCCCUCAAUACCAUGGCCUCAUCGUUCGGUCUGAGACUCAGGUCACGGCCGACGUAUUACGAGCAGGGAACAAGCUCCGGGUCGUCGCUCGAGCCGGUGUCGGCGUCGACAACAUCGAUGUACCGGCUGCGACAACACAGGGCAUCAUCGUUGUCAACUCACCCGCUGGCAACAUUCUUGCAGCAGCAGAGCACACUGUCGCACUCCUCCUAGCGACGGCCCGGAAUCUGGGCCGUGCCGAUGGGACUGUCAAGGAUGGACGGUGGGAACGCAGCAAGCUCGUUGGCGUAGAGGUCAGCGGCAAGACACUGGGUAUCAUCGGUCUGGGCAAGGUCGGUAUGAACGUGGCCCGGAUGGCCAAGGGCCUGGGCAUGACAGUCGUUGCGGUUGAUCCGUACGCGAGCGCCGAUAUUGCGCGCCAGGCCGGCGUCCAGCUUGUCCCCGGCUUGCAAGACCUCCUACCUGUGGUGGACUUCUUGACAAUCCACACACCUCUCCUGGCAACGACCUUGGAUCUUAUUGGGGAGGAGGAACUAAAGAAAAUGAAGAAGACGGCCCGCGUCCUCAACGUGGCACGAGGUGGCGUGUACAAUGAGGCAGCGUUGAUCAAGGGCUUAGAUGAGGGAUGGAUUGCCGGAGCUGGCAUUGACGUCUGGUCCUCAGAACCGCUCCAACCAGACUCAGCAGCUGCAAAGCUCAGCAAGCAUCCCAAGGUGGUGGCAACGCCUCAUCUCGGCGCAUCCACCGUUGAGGCCCAGGAGAAUGUUUCCAUGGACGUAUGUAAACAAGUCCUUGAGAUCCUCCGUGGUGGCCUCCCCACGAGCGCCGUCAACGCACCCAUCAUCCUGCCGGAGGAGUACCGCAAGUUGCAGCCGUCUGUGCAACUGGUCGAGAAGAUGGGCCGGCUGUACACGCAGCACUUUGUGCGCAGCAAGGGUGGGAUGAUGGGCAGCCGGCGAUUCGAGUUGAUCUACCACGGCGACCUGGCAGGCAUGCCCAACACGAAGCCUCUGUUCGCAGCGUUGGUCAAGGGCCUGGUAGCGUCGUUUAGCGACUCGCACGUCAACAUUGUCAACGCGACACUCAUUGCCAAGGAGAAGGGCAUUGUGAUCAGCGAGACGCAUUCUCGCGAGGCACAGCCGCCGACGUUUGCCAACCUAGUGACGCUGCGGUCCUACGAGGCCGGCAACAGCGGGAACGAGCAAGUCAUCGAAGGAUACGCGUCUGACAAGCAGGUGUACAUCUCCAAGCUGGACCGGUUCAACGGCGCCUUCACGCCGGAGGGCACGCUCAUCAUCCUGCACAACUACGACGAGCCGGGCAAAAUUGGAGGCGUGGGGAUGGUGCUCGGCGCGCACGGCAUCAACAUCAAGUUUAUGCAAGUCGCCAGCCUCGACCCACAGCAGCAGCAGCUGGCUGCCGUGCAGGACGGGCCGUUGGAUGGACCCAAGGGCAACGAGGCGUUGAUGAUUUUGGGUGUUUUGGGGCCGGUGAGCAAUGAAGUCCUCGAAGGGCUCAGGAAUUCAGAGGGCGUUUUGGAUGUAAGUCUAGUCAAGCUGUGAGAGGAGCGCGCCUAGACAUUUUGCACUCGGGAACAUGGCGCAACCUCGGAUUGCUGUGCAGGGAGGGGAGAGGUUACAAUCGCAUCUUGUUGGUGGAUUCUGCCAACUUGCCCAGGGCAGGGAUGCUAUCAGCACCCAACACCGCAAUUUAGAC